CAAUUGAAAAGAGAAAGUGAGGAAAUGGGUUGAGAAGAUAAGCUUCUCUAAUGUGGGGCCUUGUCACCAACCACAACCAGUCGCCCAAAAAAUCAAACUCCAUUGACCGCAGGCACUGCGGAAGCUCAGUAAAAAUAUCAACGUCAGUCCUCUCAAGCACUAACCAAACGUGGCCUCUAUUCAUUUCCCAUUACUCAUCAUGCUUUCGCUGUCGCCUUAUGUUUUUAGUCCUUCCUCUCUGAGGGUCUCUGCGCUUCAGCAUUUCUAUAAAUUAUGGUGUCUGUAGUGAAAACCUGGUACCUCGGCUUCCAUGGCGGAUACUCCUGAUUCUGAGCAAAUGGUCUACCUUAACGGUGACCUAGACCUGAAGAUUCUCGAGGCUCGCCAUCUACCCAACAUGGAUUUGCUCGCCUUGAAUCUCAGCCGUUGCUUCGCUUCUUGUGAAGCUCGUAAACGUCCAUCGUCCCCCGACAGACAAAGGCCCGGCGACCGGAAGGACCGUCACACCAACAUCAUCACCAGUGACCCCUACGUCAAAGUAUGCGUCCCCCAGGCCACUCUCGCUCGAACACGCGUCAUCUCCAACACCCAAAACCCCUACUGGAACGAACGCUUCAGCAUCCCACUCGCCCACCCACUCGCCAAUUUGAAGUUUGAGGUGAAGGAAAACGACCUCCUGGGCGCCGAGCUCAUGGGAACUGUUCUCAUUCCGGCAGAGAAGUUCGCAUCCGGCGACCCCAUCUCCGGAUGGUUCCCAGUGAUUGGCCCAUUAGGAAAGCCACCAAAGCCCAACACAGCACUUCGGAUCGAGAUGCAAUUCACACCUUGCGAAAAAAACCCUCAUUAUCAACGCGGCAUUGCCGGCCAUCCGGAGCACAUGGGUGUCCACCAAACUUACUUUCCAUUGAGGAGAGGUGGGUCAGUGGCUCUGUACCAAGACGCUCAUUCUCCUGGAGAAGCACUGUCACCGGAGAUUGAACUGGAUGGAGGUAUAGUGUACAAACGCGGGCAGUGUUGGGAAGAUAUAUGCCACGCCAUAGUAGAGGCCCAUCAUAUGAUAUAUCUAGUUGGUUGGUCGAUUUUUCACAAAGUGAAGCUGAUCAGAGAGCACACACGGCCGUUGCCCAGAGGCGGUGAACUGAGUCUGGGUGAAUUGCUCAAGUAUAAGUCAGAAGAAGGGGUUCGAGUUCUGAUGUUGGUUUGGGAUGACAGGUUCUCUGAUAAGCUCCAUAUCUUUAAGGUAAGACUUGUUAAGAUUUAA